UGAUGCGUUAUAUUGCAGCAUUUGAUGGUGCGAGCAUCGACGUUACUACUGCCAAUGCCGAUGUAAUGAAGAAUUUGCUGGCUGAAAGCACGACGAUGGGCACAAAAACAAUCUUCAACAUCGAACAAGAGAAGGCGCUGAUAAGCUACAUUCUCCAGGCCAGCGACGUCAACUAUGAAAUUAGUUUGAUGGAGCUUCGUAAGCUCGCGUAUGAAUUUGCUCGGAAAGUUGGCGCGUCGUAUCUGGAUCCAUGGAACGACAAUCAACAGGCGAGUAAGGAUUGGCAGUUGGCGUUCAUGAAACGCCACAAAAAUUUGUCACUGCGAACACCAGAGCAAGUAAGCCAGAGCCGUGCGAAGCGAUUCAACAAAGAGAAUGUCGAUGCAUUCUUUGCCAACCUUUCAUCCGUUCUCGGUAAGACGCCGUUUGAACCUCACAGAAUAUGGAACAUGGAUGAAACCGGGUGCCCGACCGUGCCAACCAGACCUGUCAAAACCAUCGCGGGCAAAGGACAAAAGCAGGUCGGCUUAUCAACAUCUGCCGAAAAAGGCACCAAUGUGUCUUUGGCUUUGGCCGUAAGCGCUAGUGGCCAGUCUAUACCGCCAUUCUUCCUCUUUCCCCGAGUCAACAUGAAAGAGAUUUUUAUGACUCAUGCGAGUCAUGGCGCUGUUGGUGUUGCGAACGGUUCUGGUUACAUGAACUCUGACGUAUUCCCUCAAUUCAUGCGUCAUUUCAUCAAGCACACCGGUGCUAAUGCCGAUUUGCCAACCAUGUUGCUGCUGGACAACCGCGGUUCGCAUUUAUCGAUCGAGGCGAUAGAUUUGGCGUUGGAUCAUGGCAUCACGUUGCUGUCUUUUCCGCCGAAAUUCACGCACAAAAUGCAGCCGCUAGAUGUUGCGGUAUUUGCACCAUUUAAAGGUCAUUUCAAUUUGAAUCUAGAUGAGGAGGUUCUUCAACUUCUCCAAAUAUUGGAAAAUUCCGAUGCUGACUUUAUUUCUGAUGACUCAAAUGAUGAUGCGCUCUGGGAACAACCAAAUAGGCAAAUGGGCGGUUCAUCCGAGUCGGAUUGUAAUGAAACUUCUUCGGAAGAUGAAAUUUUACUUCCAGCUAAUCAAGACCCAACUAAUCCAUAA